CCCUAUGUCCCUUGACACCUGAUGGGGAGAUAAUGAUGACAACCACCCAUGCAGCACGGGCAGCUCCUUCCCAGACCCUGGAAGAAGAGGUGGGGGGAGCUGAGGUCUCCGAGAUGAGUGACAGCUCCCUGAUGCUUACUAAGAACAGGCAGGACUCCCUGGAGAAUAUUCCCUCCCUCCUACCAGGCAAGGAGGACAUCCUCCUUCGCAGCACUCCCUGUGCCACCGUCAUGAGCCCCCAGACUCUGAAGUUUAUUCUCCAUGGCAUCAUGUGCCGACUGGAGGCCUCAGAGUCCCCCCAGACAAGGAGGACCAAUGACCCCUUCAGGCUGAUGAAGGAUCUCUUUGUGGAGGUCCAGCAUGCCCUGAAGAAUGCUGACAUCUCUGUCGUCUUUGGCCUGGAGGAGAGCAUCCAAUUCAGUGGGGAGGAUGCGGUGAAGGCCAUCGUGAAGACUGCGGCUAAAAGAUUGUCCCUGCGUUCAGACUCCAACCGGGCUCAACUGCGUGCCGCACGCUCUGGUAGCGAGGGAGCCAUCGGGUGCAUGGCGGACACCAUCACACAAGUCAUAGAUGACUAUUCCGAGAACUGGAGUUCCGACGGCCAUUUUGGAGCCAGGAGGAGCCGUGCUAGUGGGAGAUCACACUCCUCAACCUCCUCAAGGAGUGACGUCACCCUCACCGAGGAGCUCCUGGCUUGGAGGGAAACCCUAGAAGAGGACCUAGAGGAGAUGGCUGAUGACAGCACUGGUUUGGAAAAGACCAGUGUAAGCUCAGCCAUCUCUGAGAAGUCCCAGGUAAUUAGAUACCUUUCUGAAAGCACCAAGCCCAUCAGCAGCGCCCUCUCCACAGACCUCAAGGACAUCACCUCCACACAGGUGAGACAGCCAAGAACCAGUAGAUCGUUUAGUUAUUUGGGCUGUUUGAUUGUGAGGCAUCGACUCAUUUCUGUUUCUCUCUCUACUAAGAAGAAAGAGAAGGAAGAGGCUAUGAAGAAAGAAGUGAGGAAGUCAGGAAAGAAGAAGCGAGGAAAUAACAAGGACCAGAAGAAGAACAAGGUGUCUCCUCUUGGCAAUGAUAGUAUUGUAGCUGCAGAUGAGCCUAAGAAAAAACAGGCUCUCCUCCCGCGGAUCACAGCCGCCCUGGCAAAAGUAUUUUGCUUCCCCUGCAAAAACAAAAUGCAAAAAGUAACUGUGCAGAAGACGAGUUUGGGAUAAUCCUGCUGCCACCUCCCCCAACCCAUUUUUUAAAAAAAACUCUCAAAGCCAACAGAAGAGGGAGGGAGACAACACCCCCUACUCACAACUCAUUUUAUUACACCCCAUUUAAUUCAAUAAACACAACUUGCAGCUAUUUUG